UCUCUUCAUGUCAGAAGAAAAUAUUGGUCACUGAGAAGUGAUGAGAUGACCACCAGGGCCUUGGCAGCUGGAAUGAUGCUUUUACUACAGACUACAGUUGGAGUCUUGGGGAAUUUAGCUCUGCUUUACCAUUAUCUCUUCCAUUAUUUCACUGGGUACAGGCUUAGGCCAACAUAUUUGAUUGUCAACAACCUGAUGGUGGCCAACACCUUGGUUCUGCUCUCUGGUGGAAUCCAGUUUACAAUAUCAUGUUUUGUGUGGACUCACCAUCUCAGUGAUUUUGGAUGUAAAAUUUUUCCCUAUUCAUAUGCAGUGGGCAGAGGUGUCUCCAUUGGUACCACCUGCCUCCUGAGCAUCAUCCAGGCCAUCACCAUCAGCCCCAUGAAAUUCAGGUGGGCAGGGCUUAAGGUGAAAAUUUCAAAGCACAUUGUUCCUACAAUUUUUUUGUACUGGAUCCUGCAAAUGUCGGUAAAUGCUGUUUUUCCUAUGUUUAUAUUUAGCAAUUUGAGCAACAAAAACAUCACAAAUACAAAACAUUUUGGAUUCUGUUCAGCUGUUCGUCAUGAUAAAACAAGGGACUCAUUAUAUGCAGCAUUGUUAACAUUCCCUGAUGUUGUAUGUCUCCUGCUCAUGCUCUGGGCCAGCAGUUCCAUGGUCUUCAUCCUGCACAGACAUAAGCAGAGGGUCCAACACAUUCACAGAACCCACAUCACCUCCCAAUUCUCCCCUGAGUCCAGAGCUACCAAGACCAUCCUUCUCCUGGUGAGCACCUUUGUCUUUUUGAAUACCCUUUCCUCCAUCUUUCAUAUUAUUUUAAGUAUUUUUAAUAAUCUGAACUGGGUCAUCUUGAACAUCAGUUCAUUACUCUCUCUGUGUUUCCCAACUGUCAGUCCCUUCCUGGUCAUGAGUGGUGACUCCAAUGUCUCCAGACUCAGCUUUGCUUGGAUAAGGAAUGCAAAGUUCUCUUAUCUUAGGAGAAAUACGUAAAUUGUAUGUACAUGCACAGUGUUCAUUUGGUAAUUCACUCAUCCUCUUCAGCAUCCUAAGUACCAUUAGGAAUGCCUUACAAGGGACUAGUGCACAGGACAUGGUGAGCAUCUUCAAAGUCAACAAUGUUAUAAUAGUAAAUAUAAUGACAUAUUAUAACUGUCUUGUAAAUACUUCCUUGAUUGAAGUUUCCCCAUGUUUGCCAUGGAGGAUUUCAGAAUGGAUGCAAUAUAAGCAUUAGGUCCUGAAACCCUCUAGAUGUUAUGGAGAAGUCUUCGAGUGUGUAAUUUGAGUCUAUCAAACUACAUUUUCAAGAAAGAGCAAGGCAGGGAAUUGUAAGAAAAGGUACAUGAAGAUGGAACAGCAGGUCGCAGGUGCCUGCUGAAGCUGAAGCCAUUGGUACUCGAGCAAAAUUCAGAUCCCGAGGAGAGCUUAUGGGAGCCUGACAGCACUGGAGAGGUGGUGGGCAUUUGAAAUAUGAUGUUAUGAAGGAAUGGCUUGCUCACACAUAUUCAGGUAGAUAUGGCCAGAUUUAACUGGAGGGGUGAAAGGAGGGCAAAAGAUUACUUACAUUUUAGCUGAUGUUGAAACUACAUUAGAUGAGUGCGACAAUUUCAAAAGAUGUGUAUUGCAUGGAGUGGGACUUGCAGAAGGCAGAUGUUUUGUGUGUGUGAAGAGAAUCUGGGCACUUGGUUGAUCUGGAGGUGCACACUCCUGUCUCUAAAGUGAUGACACUAAUUCAUGGUGGGGACUUCCAUGAACUCGAGAGGAGUGUAUGCAAAGCCACUAGUAAGGAAAGACAAGAAUGUAUUCCAUGUAUGUGGAAUUUGUGGGCCUUUGAUUUUCAAGAAAUAAAGUGGUUAUUUCCUCAAUCUUAGAAGAGGUUUUUAGAUAGUAUUCUCUGUAUGUGCAUUUUGAAGCCGAUAUAAAGUUUUGGAAUUCAAGAUAUUGAAAAAGAAAUUAUUUUGACAUAAUAGAUACAUUUAUUGAAAUUCGUACCACAAUUUUAAAAAACCCAAAUGUUUAGCUUAUGUGAAACACUGCAAUACAUACCUCAAAGAAGAACAAGUUUUAUAGAGAUAUACACAUACUUAUUGUGUGUAUGUACAUGUGUCUAUGCCUGUGUGUGUGUAUAUAUAUGUAUAUAUGCACAUAUAAAGUCAUUCAACAUAUUGGAAAUUUGUACAUCAACAAAAAUUUAAAAUUGUUCUCAUUACAAUGACAAUUCAUAAAGCAUUUGUAGCUCAAUGUGUAUAUUGCCAUUCUAGUCAUUUAAUUUUUGAAAUUGCAUAAACAUUUAAUUCUAUUAGUCAGCCAUAUCCCUUGAAAAUAUAUAUAUAUGACCAUAGUAAAAAA